GGCAGUGUCGCAGAUCGAUUGCGUUCGAUCGGUUAACGAGCAUUGGAAGUUAUUAGGAAACCACUUUCUGUCUUUCUGUGCGCCAGAUUCGAAGUAAAAACGGUGGUGAUUGAAAGUCUCGUACCCAUUGGAUCUGGACACGAGAACAAAGUACUUGACACUUCUUGUCGACGAUUUCGCGCGCAGUGGGUCCGGAAAUCUGCGAUAUGUCGCGCCAUAUGUUGCCUUCCUCGUCGUGAAAUUAUCGCCUACGUGACUCGUUACGUAGAAAAAUUAUUAAAUCUCGUCUAAAAAACUUAUCGUCACGUGGCAAUUAACUUGAUUUCAUUCUAGUAAUUCGAAUCACCCAUCCGUGUCAUCAACGGCUUUUACGCGCUACGUACUUAAAAUACCGAUCGAGGAUUCCGAUUAAUUCGAACGCAUUUCCAAUCACACUAUUAUCGACGCCCUAUAAAAAUUAUUCCGAUUAAUUAAGGGAUCCCAAGCGCAUAUAUACAUACACAUACAUAUAUAAAAAUCUGAUUUCCGCAGGCAGAGAAAGGGAGAGAGAGAAAGAGAGAGAGAAAGAGAAAGAGAGAGAGAGAGAAAAGGAAAGAAAAGAAAAGAGAGAAGGGAAAAGAGACGCGAGUACGAAGAAACGGGAGAAAGCAGAGGAUCGGUUCGGUUGAUGACCAGGUGUAUCUCGUCGACGUAGUGACAGUGUCCUCGAAUGCGUAUAUGGACGAGGUCGCCACGAUGACCGUUCCACCGACACUGCCGGCCAAGACUCAGCCCCCGAGUCAGGUUGCCCGACAGACUGUGUCAAUCCGGACUGUUUCCAAUCCCCCCACAGCUCCUCUGAGCACAGGGGCCGGAGCAACGGUAUUCGUCGGUCUGGCAGCUCCUGGCGUCGAUUCCUCGGCGGCCUGCAGAAGAAGAAUCCCGGAAGUGCAAGCCGCGAACGGGUACGGUAAGCAGAGUGGCGUGAAGUCGGCGCAGAGCUCGCAGAACCAGCACCAACAACAGCACCAACACGCGCAACAGCAACAGCAACACCACUACAACAAUCAUUAUCAGCAGCAACAGCAGCAGCAGGCGGCCCAUGUGGUGAAAAUCAAGAUCAAUCCGGAUGGUGAGAAGAACGGAAGGGUGAUAUCGACCGUACGAUUGACGCUGGACGAGAAGGUGGUCGGGCACGAAGCCGAGAAGGAGAACGGGAUCGCGUGCGAACGUUCGGGCAAGCGUGACGGUGGUGUGGUCGUGAGUGCGACGAAUCUGGUGAACGAGCAGCGUUGUGGAAGUGGCGGUGUCGGUGACGGCUGUGUGAGGAUCAGUGUCGGCUCGAACGCCUUCGAACGCAACAACAAUCACGAUAACGGUAAUUUACGCAAGGACAAGCGCGAUCGGAGCCACGAUAACACCAACGAAGAAAAAGAUAUGGUACUGCACCGUGAAACGUCCGUCGAGCCUCCUAUGAACGCCUCCUCCCCCAAUAAUAAUCGUUCCACCGCCUGCUUCUACUACAACUCGUAUCCCGGCCAAUUGAACGGGAUGGUGAUUUCCAGCGGCCAAUGCUCCCCCAGCGACACGUUGGACAGCGGGACCUGCAGCGAUCUGGACGGCACACCGCCGCCUCUUCCCAAGAAGAAGAACUCCAGUACGGUUAUCCUUGCCAGCGAUCAGCACAAUCGUACAGGCAGUUUGACCAGCAGCGGAGCGGAAGUAGACAGCGACGACAACGAGAGCAACAUCAGCUGCGAUUCCUUGAACGGUGGCGAGUUGACCGACAGAAUAGCGAACGGUGGCAUUAACGGGAACGAGGCUGGCAGGCCAUCCUUGGAAUUUCCAGAACGCUCGGAGAAUUGCCGUCUGAAGAACGGGGUGGAUCGUGAGAAGUACAGGGACACGGAGACCAUCUUGGCGUUGAACCGGCUCGACCUGUCCACCGAUCAGAACGAGGAAAAUCGAACUCACGAGGAGGAAUCGAGCGCGGCUACCUCGAGCCCCGAGAUCGACUCGAGUUCUUGCUCGACCAGAGCCUCCCCCAGCGUGUCCCCCUCGCCGUCCGGGACUUCCUCGUUGUCGAAAGCCUCCUCAACUCCGAGGAUCAGGAGUCCGGUCCUGGCCACCGAGCAGAACGGCAGGCUAUCGUCCCCGGUUGUGAAGGAGUGCACUUACGAGGAGAGGAAGCAGGAGCAGGAGAGGUUGGAGCAGGAAUCAGGUGACGUGGACACCAGCGUCAACCCUUUGACCGGGAAGAAAUACGUGUACGAGUACGACAGGUUCUAUAAGUUUCACAUAAACGAGUUGAAGGGGAACAAAGACAGUGGUAGGGGUGUGGUGUUAGGCGAUAAGGACACCGACGAGUGUUUCGCCGGUUACAAGAUCCUCGAGAAGGAAGCCAUACGCAGUGCCAAGGGAACUGUGCGCGGUGUCAAAAACAGGGUUCGCGCUGGGAUCGCGACGUUCCUUCAGAAACCCUCUUCUCAGGCGUACAUAAAGAAGGAAUUGGGUAAAGUGGUAGUAUACACGACGACCUCUGGUAUCGUGAGAAAAACGUUCUACAAUUGCAAGAAGGUGAAGCAAAUCCUGAGGACGCACAUGGUCAAAUACGACGAGCUAGAUUUGUUUGGGGACGCUGAGCUGCAAACAGAGCUGAGAGAUCGCUUGGGCUCCACGGUGAUACAGUUGCCCCAGCUUUUCAUCGAUGGGCAACAUAUCGGGGGAUUCGAUACCGUGGAACGACUCAACGAAUCCGGAGAAUUAAGAGAGAUGCUUAAGCCCUACCAGAGCGAGGACGCCUGCACAGUCUGCCUGUUCUGCGGAGGUUAUCAGUGGCAGCUGUGUCCUGUUUGCAACGGAAGCAAGAGAUCCGUUCACCGCAACGACUUCACCGCGGAAUUCGUCGCCUUGAAAUGCGCGAAAUGCGACGUGAACGGUCUCAUCCGAUGCCCCCAUUGCUGAGCAAAAAAAAUAAAAAAAUAAAAAAAAAAAAGAAAGAAAAAGAAAAAAAAAGAAAAAAGAGAAAAAGAAAAAAAAAAUAAAACGAGAAACAUCGUCAUACCUGGCAAUUGGCAUCGAGAGGAAUCCGCUACCCUUACGCUGCCCUCCCUGUCUAAGACUAAGGUGCUACGAGAAGUAUAUCGCAUGUUGAAUGUACACGUCACGGUGGGUUACACGUUCUCGCGAGAGAUCACGAUUAUUCGAGAUCGGCGUGCAAACGCUGCCUUCAGUCUCUCGCUCUCUCUCUCUCUCUCUCUCCCAUUCUUCCUCUUUUCGUUUCGUUCGAAGACGAAAUUGGAGACGAAUCGUGGAAGGGGAGAUUUCGAGUAGGAAGAUUUACGAGAUAAAAUGGCGUUCGCACGCACGCAUUUUGAAUAUCGAGUGACGCGAUGAUCGCGAGAUCUCUCGCCAUGUGAAUUGUAAAAUAUCGACUAAUAAAACUUAUCUAUAAUGUUUUGUAACAUGCAAUUCGUGAGUUUGUUUUUUUGUUUCUUUUCUUUUCUUUUCUUUUCUUUUUUUUUUUUUUCGCAGACCUGUAUUACUCCUUUCCCACUUUGGAAUUUAAAUUUCUUCUACUUCUGUGGCCUAUUUUUGUGAAUAAGCGAAUUUGAAAGAGCGAUUAUGAUGUAAAGAUGUUUAGAUAAUUGAUUUAAGGAUUCGAUUUUUAAUGUAAUUAAUAAAGAAGAAUUAUUGUAUCUUUC